GAGAAGAUGUUUCAUUAUUAUUAUUAUUGUCAUCCGUACCUUUUUUUGUUGUUCGUUUGGCGUCUGAUGAUUCUGUCCACAUCAUCGGGUUGUAUUUGCAGCCUCGCUCACAGGUGUUGCUCUUCUUUUUCUCAUACACGCAGUGUUUUGUUUUGUUUUGUUUUUUUGUAUCUCCCCCCUCCUCCCGUUGUGCUGUCUCUGGUUGACUCGUGCGCGUUUCUCUUUUCCUCUCUUCGUUCCUUUGCAAGUUGUCCUGGGUGCGGUUGCCGAUAGGAUGGGCUUGUCCUCUGCACGGAUUACGCACUCACACAUGCACACGCUCUCUCUCUCUCACACGCUUGAGUUCAUUGACAAUGAUGUUUUUUUUUUCAGUAUCUUUUCUUUCUGUUAUAUAUACAUCGAACCUUGCCAAGUCAGAAACGUUCGCACCGGGGAAAAAUCGUAGACGUGUCACGGCAAAACUCAGACCAGAAGUCGAUCUGUUAUGCAUUAUGUUCUCGGAGCGCCGGGGGAUAAAUAAACCAUUAAAUCCAAAGUGGCGAAGGUGCCCAGAAGCCGUGGUGAAGGCAGGAACGGAAAAUGGGUGAUUCACCCUGACGUGUUCUGCGUUGAAAACGGAGUGUUGCGAAGCACCGCAAGAUGUCUUAGGAGCAGCCAAGUGCGUCUCUCCCAUCUAUGCGCUUCGUACAUCUACCACCACGAAGCGGCCGCAGCGGAGACGGCGCCAUCGCGUUGCUUACAUGAGCGAAAUACAAACAGAAGCCUCGAUUACCAGCGGUGACAACAACGUCGGAGUUGCGUUGCUUUCUUAACUAACGAGUUUUUCCUGACUGCUGCCGUAGAGACGGCAGAUCUACUAUCUUUGCAAUGCCAUUCUUCCCUUGUUCAAGAUGCAGCCCACCUCCCUGUUCUCUUCUGCACUUCUUCUUUCUCUUUUUUGUCCCCUUCCCCACCACAGGUUUCCUCGCCGACUUUUUCGCUUUGAAAUUUUUUCUUUUAAAUAACAGGUUUGAUGUGCGCCGUUUAUUCGAGUCUUUUUACUCGUGUUACUUCAUUCACCUUUUCUUUAUCGCCUGGACUGCAGCAUCGAUAUUCUUGAAGACACGUGAUCGUGAUCGUUUUCAGUGAAAUCUAUCAAAGAGUUAUUCCUUUCUUUAUCUCCACCGAACUUAGUACUUGCUUUGACGUCGUCUAUCGAGAAACGUCCUCUAAUGACGAGCUUCGUGCUGCUUGGGAUGGUGUACGCCUUCGGUGCGGCGUGCAUUGUGAACUACUUCAUCAUGUUUGUGCGCAUGCGCACCACCGAAAUGUACAUCCGCCGUCGCGAGAGGCUCGUCGAGGCACACCAAACUGCGCACAGAGGCGAGACGCAACACGACGAGGCCCCCGCCACAACCGCUGCUGAUGACUCGGUGGCUUCACCUGACAAAACGGCACAAAUCGUGGACCUGCUGCCUCGCGAGCCCCUCCACAUUGUGUUUCUCCACCCCGACCUCGGCAUUGGCGGGGCGGAGCGGCUGGUCGUGGACGCUGCCGUGGGUCUAAUGAAGAAUCAGUCUGUGCGACCCGUGGAGGUGGUCAUCGUCACGAACCACCACGACCCGUCCCGCGCCUUCAAGGAAACGGUCGACGGCACGGUCCGCGUCGUCGUGCGGGGCAGCGGUCUGCCAGCAAGCUUCUUCGGCCGCGGCAAGGCGCUGUGUGCCACCAUUCGUAUGGCCUUUGCCGCCUUCACCGCCUGCUGGGCUUUCCCUGAAACGAAUUGUUUUGUGGUCGACCAGGUGGCGGCCGCGAUGCCGGUGCUAACCUUCUGUGCGGGCAAGACGCCGAUCCUCUUUUACUGCCACUUCCCCGAUCAGCUCUGCGAUCCGAAUCGGAACGAGGACGGCACGCUGAGGGAUAGCAUCCCCGGGCACCAGGCCUACCGCGGCUUCUUCGAUGCGGUGGAGGCAAGGAGUCUCAAGCAUGCCACGAGCGUCGUGUGCAACUCGAAGUUCUCACGCCAGACGACGGUACGGACGUUUCCCGAGAUGGCCGAUAAGAUCGACGAGACAACGGAUGUUUUCUACCCACCGGUGAACAUGGAUGUGCACCACGUGACGACAGAGGUGCUGGCGCAGUCGCCGGCGCUGCAAGAGUUGCGCGAUGCCGUGAACGGGUCUAUCACCUUUGUCUCGAUCAACCGCUACGAGCGCAAGAAAAAUCUCACGCUGGCGGUGACCGCGUUUGCACGUUUGCUGGCGACGGACGAGUUCAGCCCCGCGUCCACCGGCGAAAGCGGCACAGUGGACACCACCCACCCGCACAGGCGUCUGCUGCUUAUUGUCGCCGGCGGCUACGACCCACGUCUGCAAGAGAACGUGCAGUACGCCGCUGAGUUGGAGGCGCACGCUGCUGAGCUGAAGAUUCCGUCGGAUCAGAUUCGCUUCAUGCGGAACAUCAGCGACGAUGAAAAGGCCAUUCUUCUGUCGUCGAUGCGGGCGCUGGUGUACACGCCGUCAAAUGAGCACUUCGGCAUCGUCCCGGUGGAGGCGAUGGCGUAUGGCAAGCCGGUGGUGGCCAUCGCGAACGGCGGCCCGUGCGAGAGCGUCGGCGACGCGGAGAGGGAGGACCCGUCGACCUGCGGGGGGCUCCUCUCCGCGCCGGAGCCUGCGGCCUUUGCGGACAAGAUGGCGCAAUUUGCCCGUGAGGCCUCGUACGCGGAGAAGGUUGGGACGCAGGGCCGUGCGCGCAUUCUGCAGCAGUUUAGCAUGGAGACGUUCAGCUCGAAGCUCGUGCGGCGCCUGCAGGCGUUGACGGCGGAGAGCGACAGCGAGCUUUUGAAGUCUGGCCUGGAGGAGGAAAAGAAGAAGGCGGGCAAGGGCGCGGUCAGCACACCUGCCACCUCACCUAACUCACCCGAAAAGAUGAAAGCUGAUUGA